UACCCAUUAUAAUAAACUUCUCUAACUUCAUUCCUCCAAAUCAAACUUUCUGAUCCCCAAAAAAGUUCUCUUUUUUCUUUCCAAACCCAAAACAAAAAUCAUGUCUGAAGUUACCCAAAACCCUAAUUUUCACCUCUCUAAACCUCCCCACAAACUAACCAAUAAACAAACUAUGUUCAAAAAUAAACCCACCACAAAAAGAUCAGGAAAACCUAAAUACAACAAUAAUACUAGUACUAGUACUAAUACUAAUACUAAUACUAAUAAUAAACCACUCAAAGUUGUUCAUAUAUCUAACCCUAUGAAGUUUCAGGCUACCGCGGCCGAGUUUCGAGACCUUGUUCAAGGUCUCACUGGCCGCGAUGCCGUAUUUAAAUGGCCUGACGAGCAAUUAUAUGAGGUCCAACAAGUGAAUGCGGAGAUUGAAGAUUGUGGUGUUACUAUAAAUGAUGAUUUAAUAUUGCAUGAACAAGUAGUUCAUAAGGAGGUUGAUUUAUCUGCUUGUUUUGGACCGAAUGAUCAUUUAGGGGGAUAUGAUUAUUUUGUUGAUGAACAUCAUUUGGUUGUUAUGGAAGAUCUUAGAGCUUUUAUAGGUGCUGAUGAUGAUGAUCUUAUGGUAAGAGGAAUGUGAAAAUAGUUGUUUGUUUUGUUGAUGAAUUGAAUAAUGCAUGGUUUAUGUAAAUUUGGUAAGUAGUGGCGCAAAAAUAAAGAGCCAUAGUUUAAUAUAGUUGUUGUUGUAUUUGUUUAGAUUGACAAGGUAGCUAGGCUUUUAGGUUUAUUUGUCAUUAAUUGUUCAUAAUUAUUCUAA